CGGCGCUAACACAACACAACACAGCACCGCUCGUGUACUGCCCGCUACUCUAAUUUGUCCUCUACACUUGACCACUGCAGCUGGCUGGCUGGCUCGUGAGGGAUUCGUUAGGGGUGGACGGGUGGGAGAGUAGAGAAGAGCGUAGACAGACAGGGACGCCGCGUACGUGCGGUGUGGCAUUGUUCGAGGGCCGGCAGCUGUGCGGUGGGGGAGGAAUGGACGAGAAGCUGGCGAUGGCGAUGGCGGCGGCGGCGGCGAGCUCCGAGUGCAGCAGCGGCUGCCAGUCCGGCUGGACCACCUACCUCGACGACCACACCUCUUCCUACUCCUGCGGCACCGCGCGCUUCAACGGCAAGCCGUGCCAGCCGUACUACUGCGAGUACUACUCGGAGGAGGACGACCUGUCAAUGAUCUCCGACGCCUCCUCCGGCCCGCGCCAGCACAGCUCCGCCGGCAACGACGUCGAAGGUGGCGCCGCCGCUGCGCACGCCAAUGCGGAGAGGAAGGGGAGGCGUGAGGAGACGGCCGCCGCGGCGAGGCGGCAGAAGAACAAGAGGGCCGCCGCCGCCGCGGCGUCGUCUCUGCUCGAGGACACGGCCAGCUCGCCGCCCUUCUUUGUCUACUCCAAGGCGACGAGCUCGGGGGAGGCCAACGGCGGCUAUGGCGGCGCUGAUGAUGCCCAGAUGACAGAGAUGGGCAAUGCCGCCGACUUCUCGUACGCCUUCUCCACCACGACGGGAUUCAAGUCUCCCUUAAACGGGGCUGCUUUGAGCGGCUACAUGCAAAUGCAGUACUCCCCGGCCCCCGUCAAGCCGAUGCCCAGACGACAGAAAACAUUUCUGCAGGUGUGCAGAGAUGCGUCGGAGAAGAAGAGGUGGUGACUGCCUGCCCGAUGCCGGUUGGACUUUGUCCGUGCUCCGCGUCUUCUUCCUCGCUCGGCGGCUCUCUGUUGUGUACCUGUCCCAGAAAAGCCAUAGGAGAUGGGCAGGCAGGCUCGAGUGCGUUUGCAAAUCUUCCCCGGAUCUCCAAGAGAUCUUCCCUUGCGUUGCGAUGCGUCUAUUAAUCUCCACCUGCUUUGCCACCUAUCUCUCUCUCUCUCUCUCUCUGCCUGUCUGUCUGUCCCAUGUAGUAUGUUUUUCUUCUUCUUUCACGGUGGCUCUCUGCACCUGUUGUGUUCCUAUCUCCAGUUAGUCUCCCACUUUUUAGCUGUCAUUGCAGUGGGAAACAACAACCUGAGGCAGAACAAAAACAAAACAUGCGCGCCGACGUGAAAUCCCUUUUUGCACCUCCUCUCCUCGCGGUCAUACAUACUGUUUGUUUGUUGUAUUGUAGUAUGUGCGUGAUCCUCUCCCGGAAGCCGGUAGGAAUAGUAGGAGUAUCCUUUUAUUUUAUUUUUUUCUCUCUCGCUCGCGACGGCCGAAUUUUUUGUUUUUGAGUCCUUUUUGUGUCAAAAAUUUUCAAUUAGACCCCCAGAAAACUUAAAUGCAAUUUUGGACCCAUUUCUCGGCGCCAUGAGCUAUGGCGCCGAGUUUACACAUCUCGGCGCCAUAGAUCUUGGCGCCGAGCUACCUGCCGCGCUGUCGUCUACGAGCUGACGCGGCGUCGACGUGGCACCGAGCUCGGCGCCAAGAUCUAUGGCGCCGAGCUCGAAUAUAUAACCACAAAACUUGUCUAGCUCAGUUGGCAGAGCGCAAGGCUCUUAACUUUAAGGUUGUGGGUUCGAGCCCCACCGUGAACAUAUUUUU